GCCAGGGCUACUGGCAUGGACCAUCGGAGACCAGGAUUUCACAGCCCAACGUCUCGCAGGCAGGAGCUCGGGGACAAGCAGCAGGAUUUCCAGGUGCGUGUGAGAGUGAUUGAAGCCUGCCAGCUCCAGGGGAACAACAUCCGGCCAGUGGUGAAGGUUUUUAUCGGAGAGCACAUGUUCCGCACCCGGAUCAAGACUGGCAACAACCCCUAUUUCAAUGAGGUGUUUCUCCAGAGCUUCCACGAGACACCAGCUCAGCUCUUUGAUGAGACCAUAACCAUCCAGGUGCUGAACUCCCGGGCAAUACGCGCCAACUCCAUGAUCGGCAUGUUCAAACUCGAGUUUGGACGUGUGUACAGCUCCCCUGGUGCUAAUUUUGACCUUUUCUUUCUGACCCCUGAACCAGGCCAUGCUCUCAACUGCAAAUGGCUGAGCCUCUACCACCCUGAUCACCUUGGGACGGGCUUGAGGGGCUACCUCCAGGUCAGCCUCUGUGUGUUGGGAGCUGGGGACCCCCCACCGGGCCCAGACAAGCCUGCCGAGGGCAAGGAUGGGGAGGCCGCUGUGCUCAAGUCACCCGGGGUGCCCGUGUGCAUGGCCACCUUCCAGCUCUGCGUCUACAGGGCUGAAGAUUUGCCUCAGCCAGAGUAUAUUGGGCAGAGCCCAUCGCAGCCCCUGCUCCCUGCACAGCCCCAGGACAGUGGUGUGGCUGGCCUCUGCGUGGAAGUCAGCUUUGCAGGGAAGACGUGCCAGUACCUACCUGGCACAUACAUGUCCUCUGGUGCCAAUAACCACCAGACAUGCAUUAACUUUGGUGCUGGUGACUGUCCAGGACACGUGUCCUGCAGUGGUGGCACCCACUUGGGACACGUGUGUCUACAAGUGCUGGUAUACAAGGCCAUGUCUGGCUUGCUGGGGCCCAGGUGGGGAGGAGUGGGGCUUCCACAUGCACCCCAGCUGUGCUGGUCUCCUCAGCUCCGGACAAGGUCAACGCCAAGACAGGACAACCCCGUGUGGAACAUGGCUCUCUUCCUUCCUGUCCAGCUACCAUCUGUGUGCGACACGAUCAAGCUGGCUGUGCUGAGCGGGGACCAGCCCGAGGCCCUGGGCACUGCAGCUAUCAGACUCUCGCAGGUGUCUUCGGUGGGGACAGAGGCAGAAGGGGACUUCGGUGGAUUCCUGCCCUGCUUUGGGCCCAGCUUCCUGACCCUCCACAAGUGCCUCAGAGACCUCCCCAGCCAGCCGGACACACAGGAGGCACACAAGGCUGGGAGUGGGGAUGCCGUGACCUACUGUGGCCGGAUCCUGGUGGAACUGAGCACCAGCAUGGAGGCCCCACCUAUCCAGGAGAUGCAGGAGAUCCCUGAUGAUGCUGUGGCCCGUCUGGAGCGCUACCUGCCCAGGCGGAAGUACGGGCUGUGCGCCAUCUUCUACUCAGCCACCAUGCUGCCCCAGCUCACGGGACUGCUGCGCCUUCAGGUCAGCAUGGGGCACUACGGGGACAACACCGAGCACAGCUGCAAGCCUGUGCCUUCCUCCACCCCAUACAGCCAGGCUGUCUAUGAUGGGAACCGUUAUCAUUACCUGCCCUGGUAUGACACCAAGCCUGCGGUGGCUGUAACCUCCUUCUGGGAGAACGUGGGCUACCGUCUGGAUGCCCUUAAUGCUCUGCAGGCCAUGCGUGACAGGCUGAAGCAGAACCUGGAGGCCCUAUGCACCGUGAAAACCCCUGACAGCCCUGCUUGGACCCACGCCUCCAAGAAACUUCUGGAGGAGCUGCUGGAGGACUGCAGGAAGCCGCUGCCUGACUUGGAGGGGCGGGUGACAGCCACGAUCCUAGACCAGCGACUGCGGGAGCAGCGGGUUCGGCUCCUCCGUCGGGUGGCCCGGUGCGCUGAGAAACUGGGCGCGGAAGCGCUGGUGGCCCAGGCUCAGGAUUGGCUGCAGCAGCUGGCUGCCGUUGCCCACGAGCCCCAGGUCAGCAUCCCUGAUGUGAUGAUCUGGCUGCUGUGUGGCGAGCAGCGCGUGGCCUAUGCCCGGGUGCCAGCUCGUGCUGUCUUGUUCUCCAAGGCCGGGCCCCGCACCUGUGGCCGGCUUUGCGGGAAGACCCACACCCUCUUCCUGAAGAACCCCCAAGGUGCUGGGCAGGAUGAGGCCGGGCAGGGGCAGCUGCGGGUACGGCUGUGGCUGGGGCUGGUGACUAACAGCGAAGCCUUCAAGCGGUGCUGCGAGGGGCGGGUCCAGGUCUACGCUGAGACGUAUGAGAACCAGGUGAAGGAGCUGGGCAAAUGGGGGCCAGGGGAGCCGCCAGAUGCCUUCUGGUUCUCCGACAUCACCGGCAGGCUGGGGCUGCCCAUGGACCGGUUCCAGCUGCCCCGGGGCUGGCGCUGGGCAGGGGACUGGGCUGUGGAGCCACAGCGCAGAGGUGCUGGAGGAGGUUUACGAGCAGGAGAACCGGCCACCAGGGCAGGACUGGGCACCUGCCCCUGUGCCCCACACCAAUGCUGUGAGCAGGGGCCAUUGGGCUGGGGAUCCCAUCAUCCCAGGGUGUCAGCCCUCCUCACCAGCUGGAGACCCACCCCAUCUGGGGGUACUAGGGGCACUGGCCUCCUCUGUAGGGCACGAUUCCUGUGCCGUGAGGGCCCUUCACAGAGACCAAGCCCAUGCUGUCAUCUCCCUUCGCAGGCUGGGGUGCCCAUGCCCCCGAAGGAGCAGGUGGCAUGCCCGCGGGGCUGGACUGUGGAAGAUGACUGGCAUGUGGAGGUGAACCGUGCGGUGGAUGAUGCCGGCUGGGAGUAUAGCAUGGGGUCCCUGCCACUGACGUGGGCCGCGGCCGAGAAAAUGUACCACACACAGCGGCGCCGGCGCUGGCUGAGGCGGCGCCAGCGGGAGCUGAGUCCCCGGCGCCAGGCGUGGGAGAUAGCCUCCUUCCUGCAGCUGCAUGUUUCUGAGGAAGCUGCAGCCUUGGAGAAUGAGGAUUAUGGCUGGGAAUACUCUGCAGAGCCAGAUGGGAAGUUCCACCUGCACGCCCAAAGCAAUGAUGAGUAUCGCCGGCGCUGCUGGCACCGCCGCCUGGUCCCAGCCCGGGCCUCUCGCGUGGCCUCCAUCUUUCUCCUCGAGGGCUCCCUGGUGAGUGCUAGGGGACCUCUGCUCCUCCUGUCGCUGUGGCUAGCCCUGCACCCCACAUACUACCAGCUGCGCUGCUACAUCUACCAAGCCAGGGACCUACUCCCAGGCAGUGGCAAGACUGCAGCAGAGCUUCUGAUGGGGGACCUUGUCCAAGGCUUUCUGGAAGUCUCAAUAGACCAUUUCUCUGGGUCCCUUCUAGAGCCUUUUCUAAACAGGGGAGUCACAUCCACAACCUCCAGGCCUCUGGUAUCAAGGCUGUUUCUAGUGCCCAGCUGCACUAGGACAGUUAGGAGCUCAGCAAUUUCCAAUCUGAGCUGGUUCAGGACCCUGGGGAGAGAGGCUGAUCCAGUCCGUGGCAGAUCCAAUGGGUGCCCUGGAGCAUACAGGUCCCCCCACUUGCUGCUGCCAACUGAUGGGGUUCCCUCUCCCACCCCAGACCCCUUUGCCCAUGUGGCCUUUCUGCACGUAAGCCAGCACACAUGGACAGUGCCAGACACCCUUCACCCAGCCUGGGACCAGACAUUGCUCUUCCGCCGCUUGCUGCUCUAUGGGGACCCCAAGGCCUUGGCCCGAGACCCCCCUGUGGUGGUGCUGGAGAUCUUUGAUCAGGAUGUAGGCGGCCAGGAUGAAUUCCUGGGCAGGAACAUGUGCCAGCCCACCGUGUGCCUGCAGCCCAGUGUCCGACGCCCACCCCGGCUGCGGUGGUUCCCCAUCACUUGCAGGCAGCAGCAGGCUGGGGAGGUGCUGGCUGCCUUUGAGCUGCUUCUAGAGACAGAGGAUGGGGCACCGAGCCGGCUGCCGCCCCCACCGUGGCGGGACGGGCACCACAUCACACCUGCUGAAAUCCGGCCUGCCGUGCGCCCAAUGGCCAUUGAGGUGCUGGCGUGGGGGCUGCGGGGCCUGGCCAGUUUCAAGUUGCUGCCUGUGGGCUGCCCAGCACUGACCGUGGAGUGCGGGGGGGUCUCAACCACCACGGCCCCCAUCCGCGACCUGCAGCACCACCCCAACUUCCCCCAGAACGUCCUGCUGCUGCGUGUGGUGCUGCCUGUGGAUGAUGACUAUGCGCCCGCGCUGGAGCUCAAGGUCAUUGACUACCGGGACUUUGGCUACCAGCCUGUGGUGGGGCAGAGCUGCCUCCGGGACCUGCGCCCCUUCCUCUGCCAGCCCCAGCCCGGGGGUCUGCACCUCCACCUGCCCCCCCGAGGCAAAAGCAAGGGCUGGAUCGCCAAGGUGAGUGCCUCAGCCCCACACCACGGUGACCCCAAAGCUCCCUCGCUCGGGGAGCCAAACAAGCCACACCACUGGCUUCUCUGGGGCCCAGCAGGGAAUGAGGGGGCUACUCCAUUGCUCAGGGGGCUGCUGAUUUCCUGGAGUGACGCAUCCUCUCCCCCUCCCCCCGCAACAGGUGCUGAGCCGUGUGGCCAAGCGGACGUGGGGUCGCUGGGUGUUGAGGCCAGAGCAGGUGGGCAGAGCUCCUGGAGGGCCACGGGCAUGAUGGGCACUGGCCCAUGACCUCUGACCCCUGAUCCCCACCAGGCUGAUGGGGCGGAGGAGGAGGAGGAGGCUGAGGCCGACUGGUGGAGCCGAUUCUAUGCAGCCACGGGUGACCUGACCAAGAGUGGGGAGGCUGUUGCAGCACUGGACCCCCUCCAGAUAUACAAUUGUGAGCUGGAGGCUGUGAAGCAGUUUGAGGGGCUGCAGGAUUUCUGCCAGACCUUCCCGCUCUACCGGGGCUGCACAGAGCCUGGUGAUGACCCCCUGGUGGUGGGAGAAUUCAAGGGCCUCUUUCGCAUCUACCCGCUGCCCGAAGACCCUGGAGCACCGCUGCCCCCACGCCAGUUCCAGGAGCUGCCCCCGAGCCAGCCCCAGGACUGCCUGGUGAGGGUCUACGUGGUGCGAGCCUUCAACCUGCCCCCCAAGGACCGCAAUGGCCUGUGCGACCCCUACAUCCGUGUCACUCUGGGCCAGAUGAAGCUGGGGGAUCGGGACAACUACGUGGCCAACACCCUGGAGCCCAUCUUUGGAAGGCUUUUUGAGCUGUCCUGCCACCUGCCCCUGGACAAGGACCUGUGUGUGGCGCUACUGGACCGGGACAUGGUGCAGCCUGACCAGCCCAUUGGGGCUACCACCAUUGACCUGGAGAACCGCUUGCUGUCCCGGCACCGUGCCCACUGUGGCCUGGCCCCUACCUACCGCCUCCUGACCUGCAGCCCCCUGUCCUCCCCGCCCCACCAAUGCCUGUCACAAGGCAGGGAGCAGAAAGCUGAGCAGCCGAUGGGGCAGAGAAGGGGUGGGGGGCAUGGGCCUGCCUCAGGGCUAUCUAACUCACCCACCCCUGGUCUCCACAGCUCAGGCCUGGGGCAGUGGCGGGAUCAGAUGCCCCCAACACAGGUGCUGGAGGAGCUGUGCCGAGCACGGGGCCUGGUGCUGCCUGAGUUCAGCGAGGACGGCCGCCAGGUUGGCUUCCUGGGCCGCAGCUUCCUGCUUGCCGACUUUGAGCGAGCAGUGCCAGCACCAGCUCUGCGGUACCUGGGUCCCCCCCGUGAGCGCCUGGCGCUGCACCUGCUACACACCUGUGAUCUCGUGCCCGAGCAUGUGGAGACACGGCCCCUCUACAGCCCCACCCAGCCUGACAUCCCCCAGGGCAAGCUGCAGAUGUGGGUGGACAUCUUUCCUGAGAGCUUGGGCCCCCCCGGCCCCUAUGUUGACAUCAUCCCCCGAAAGCCCAAACAGUAUGAGCUGCGCUGCAUCGUGUGGAACACGUGUGAAGUGGAACUGGAGGAAACAAAUAUCAUGGGGGAGCACAUGAGCGACAUCUAUGUCAAGGGCUGGCUGGAUGGACAGGAGGAUGCGCGGCAGCGAACGGAUGUGCACUACCGCUCGCUGGGGGGCGAGGGCAGCUUCAACUGGCGCUUCGUCUUCACGCUGGACUACCUGCCGCUGGAGGGUGUCUGUGUGUUGCCCCGCAAGGAGCACCUGUGGAGCCUGGACGAGACGGUGCUGAAGCUGCCACCCAAGCUGGUGCUGCAGGUCUGGGACAAUGACAAGUUCUCAGCUGACGACUUCCUGGGGGCCCUGGAGCUGCCGCUGACCCAGGUGCCGCGCCCAGCCCAGCGCCCCCGUGACUGCACCCUGCGGCCCUCACGGGACCCUGGCACCAACCUCUUCCGCCAGCGCAGCUUGCAUGGGUGGUGGCCCUGUGCCAGCUACAACAAGGCUGGGCACCCACACCUGGCGGGCAAGCUGGAGCUGACACUGGAGCUGCUGCCAGCCAAGGAGGCGGAGGAGCGGCCAGUUGGCCGGGGUCGAGAGGAGCCCAACAUGUACCCCACACUGCAGCCACCCGUGCGCCCAGAGACCUCGUUCCUGUGGUUCACAGCACCACUAAAGACCCUGCGGCACAUUGUGUGGCGCCGGAACCGUUGGCGGGUGCUAGGGGGCCUGGCCUUACUGCUACUUGCGCUGCUCCUCACCUCCUUUGUCUAUGCUUCCCCGCGCUACCUGGCCAUGAAGCUCAUCAACCCCUUCCAGAGCACCCACUCCUUCGGCAGCCUCAAACCAGUGCUGGGGAGCAGUGGCCAGCACUGAUGUCCUUGUAGUGGCGGCAGUGCCUCCUGUCCCUUGCCAUGCUCAGCCCUGGCUGAUGGGAGCCUAGAACUGCCUUCGGGAUUGUUGCAGCAGCCACCCAAGCCUCUAUAAAGGCCCAACGUGGA